AUGUCCGGGAAAAGCCCGAAGUGCUCGGACAGGGACACUUGGGUCAAGGUGGACCUCGGUGCGGUCAAGCAAUUCGAUGAGGUGACCAUCUGGGGCCGCCUGGUCUUUAACUUCGAGGGGGAGGAUAUUGUUGGCAGCUGCGGUCGCUGGGCGUUGGGAAUCGGCGGCGCCGCAAGCGGCGCAAGUACUGUGGCUUCCUGGCCAAGCAUUGAGAAGAGGAAGCAGGAACCAGCAGGCAAGCCUGCAAAGUGUUGCCUCACCUGUGCGCCACGGGCCUUGAUUGUAAGGAGCUUUCCAUAUUCCAACGACGAGUACCUCGAGCAGACCAGCGAGGGUGACAAACACCCGCACAUCAUCGAGGUAGAAGUCCGGCGCCAAUCCUUGCCGCAGCCGAAGGAGCUCCCGCUGCUCGGGUCUCGCUUCGUCACGGAGUCUGGGGUCACGUCCCUCGGAGGGAAGGCAGCCUGCCACACCGCCUACGGGUUCUUGGAGACCAAUGCCAGCGUAGAGGAUGCAAGCGACAUGGAAAUCAACGAAGAAGGAGAGGAUGCCGAGUCGGAAGAGGGCGAGGAGCAAGAGGAUCAGCAAGAGCAGGGGAAUGAGCAGGACGAUCAGGAGGAUGAGGAUCAAGAAGAGGGAGAGCAGGAGGAAGGAGAUGAACAGCUCGUUGAAAAACGAGUUCUCCUCUCAAGGCGGUCUCAGGUGGAAGGCGGCCAGAACGCAACCGCGCUCAACCAGAUUGAAGGUCAAGAGGAGGACGAGGAGGAAGACGAGGAGGAAGACGAGGAGGACGAGGAAGACGACGAGGAGGAAGACGAGGAGGAAGAGGAGGAAGAGGAGGAACUGCACUUCGAAAACCGAGUUUUCCUCGCAAAGGCGUCUCAAGGAGAAGGCGGCCAGAAUGCAACCGCACUCAACCAGAUUGGCAGCCAAGAGGGGGAAGAGGAGGACGAGGACGAGCAAGACGAGGAGGAUGAGGAGGAGGAAGACGAGGAGGAGGAUCAGGAGGAACAACACUUCGAAACACAAGGUCUCCUCGCUAAGGUAUCUCAAGGAGAAGGCGGCCUGAACGCAACUGCUUUCAACCAGAUUGGCAGUCAAGAGGAGGAAGACAAAGAGGAGGACGAGCGAGACGACGAGGACGAGGAGGAGGAGGACGAGGACGAGGAAGAGGAAGACGAGGAGGAGGAACAGGAUGAACAGCACUUCGACAAACAAGUUCUCCUCUCGAACGGGUCUCAAGGAGAAGGCGGCCUGAACGCAACCGCGCUUAACCAGAUGGGCAGUCAAGAGGAGGAAGACGAGGAGGAGGAGGAGGAGGACGAAGGGGACGAGGAGGACGAAGAGGAGGAAGAGGAGGAACAGGAGGAACAGCAGCAACAGCACUUCGCCCUGCGGUCUCUCCGCUCAAGGAGUCCUCAAGAGGAAGCUGCCGAGAACGGAACCGCGCUCGCCUUGCUUGGCAGCCAAGAGAUCGAGGCUGAGGACGGCAGCGAAGAGAUCAGCGACGAGGGCAGCCUGGAGAGCGAGCGAGGCGAAGCAGGAGGAGGUGGCUGUGCCAUUGUGCUGUGUUUUUACAGACUUAGCUUCGACGAAGCUCACCAGACUGCCGUUGUGCUGUGUUUUGCAGUCUGGUGCGUUCUGGCCCUUGACCAUCCCCGCUUCUUCGUCGACCUCUCUAAUCAGGGCACCUUGAAGGGCGGCAGCAGCUGGGCGCGCAAAGUGCUUGACGUCGCCUUGCUGCGAAGCAUUCCUACUCAUGCGUGCACAUCACCGCCAGCCUUGUCCAGCCCACGUGAUGCUCGCAUGGUGCAUUGUGAGCGGCAAGAGCUAAGGAGAGCUUUGCAAGUACGCGAAGGCGCAAAGGGAAAACCGCUUCCCGGCCCGGACGGCUUGAGACGGGUUUCGAUCCCGAAAGUUUGCCAGGGAGCCCGGAACGCCUAUCUCUGGGGCUCCGGCGCACAAGGACACUGCGAGUUUUCGCACAAGCGCCUGGACGUCUAUCAGCUUCCCGAGACGGUCACGUUGGGCAAGCGAGAGCUGCCUGAAGUGAAGUCCAGCGCGUACGGUUGUGAGGCGCGCUACAGACCCAAGGGAUGGAUCACGAUGAACGUCGAUGAGUACGGCACCCUCGCUCCGGGCAACAAGGUGGCGUACUCGCCUGCCAGUUUCAAGGAGGCGAAGUGCAAGGUCUACUGCGAUGGAAAGCUGGUCAAGGAGAACUCGUUCUAUGGUCGGCGGCGCCGCGCGGGCACGGGAACUUUCAGCCUGCCCAACGCGUGCAUCGGCGCCUCUUCCGUGGCCCUCCACGGGGGCGGCAAGUGCGCAGGUUGCCACAUGGAGAAUUACCAGAUGAAGGUCAACAAGCACCCGGCCAACCCCCCGAAGACGGCCGUCCCCGCCAAGAUGAUCGUGGCCUGGUUCAAGAGUGAGGAUGCAGGACCCUCGUGGAGAAGCAGCAUUGGCAGCUUGACAGCCUCCGUCUCGAGCCGACGGCAUGGUGUGCACACGUACACAGCCCGCGGCUAUGGGGCGAAAGCCCCCGUGAAGUACAUCCAAGGAUCGAACACGGACGUGUUCCGGUUCACAGGGGCGCUGCGGGACCACUACACAGUCUGUGCCGUCACGCGCUACACCUCGGUGUGGGCGGCGGAGCGCAUCCUCCAAGGCAGCAAGCAGAACAUCAUCUUCGGGCACCACAAGAAGGGCGUUGGAGUAGUCUACUUCGAUGGCUAUCAAACCGGCCAAGGCAAGCGCUUGAAAAGCACGAGGUGGACCACCGUGUGCGCAUCACCGGGUGCUGACUACGUGUUCGUGGAUGGCCAGAACGUCGGUACGGCGAAGACGGACAGUUUCAUGGAUCAGGAUCUUGUGAUCAACGACGGCGCUGUGCCCGCUGAGAAGUCGAACUGGGCCGUGAUGGAGGUGAUCACAUGGAACUACAUCCUGUCCAAGAGGGAGAUGGAGGAUGCCUCAACGUACCUCAUGAAGAAGCUCAUGAUUGGUGGCGAAGAGGAAACCUGCAAGAUCGUGCUGAAGAAUCCCAAGUGGCACGAGGGGCGCAGCUUCAGCUCCUAUCGGCCCGUUCCGGGCACGGGCAUCCUCAAGGGCCUCAUGAAGAAAGGCUGGUACGACUCGCAGCUGGACUCGGAGAGCGGCUGGUGCCCGGAGAAGCAGGACAGGAAUGAGUACCUCGAUAUCGAUCUCCAGGAGAAACAGAACGUCAUGGGCGUGGUGAUUCAGGGCCUCAAAGGUGAAGACAAAUAUGUCUACUCCUUCGAAGUCCAGUACAAGGUCACCAAGAAAGGCUCCUGGACAAAGAUUCACAAUUUGUUCACGGGGCUGAACGGGAACCCCGAUGAACAUGUUCGGGCUUUCUUCUCUGAUCCUGUGGAAGCUCGAUUCAUCCGUCUGACCGGGUUCGACUGGCACCACGAAAUCUGCUUGCGUGCGGCGGUCAUGGUUUGCCAGGGCAAGCUGGAGAACGCGGUCACCCUGCUUCAAGCAAAGACGUGCCCAACGACUUACAACAGUGAAGCCUGGAGUGAGUCGGACUAUACGAGCAGGCAUCUCCGAAUUGGGGGCACCAAGGAGUGCAUCGCCGUGCAGCCGAUGGAGAAGCAUCGGCUGGCCCUGGUGUACAAGCCCUGCAUUCCCGAUGACGUCCAUCAGCUAAUCCCUGCGGCAGACAUCGGAUACCUCUUCACCAUGCUCCAUCGCAACGCCUGGCUGAUGGACAACGUGCUUCAGCCGGGCAUAAAGGCGGAGUUCUUCUACGACAUCGACCAGGGCUGGGGCUGCGCCUUCCCGAACAUCAUGUUCCGCAUGGCGGACAAGGCAGAAGUGGUGCCCAAGCUGGAUUGGGCCAACAGCCAACAGUGGCCCGGGCUAAAGCACAACAACAAGUUCGCUGCCAAGAUGACGGGCUUGGUCAUGGUCAAUGAGCCAGGCACCUAUGAGAUUUUCCUCACCGCCAACGACGUCGCGCGGGUCUUCCUGCAGCACAAGGAGCUGAUGAAGAUCACGAGCUGCCGCACAAAGCCGAAAACGGUUUCCGUCAAGAAGGAGCUUACCAUGGGCAGCUGGCCGCUUGAGGUGCACUUCUACGAGAACACUGGGGACGCCGCCCUGAAGUUGGAAUGGAAAGGCCCCGACUCGGGGAACAAGCGGGUCGUGAUCCCGGGGUCUGCUUACGCCCACAUGGCGGACAGGUCCAUGUGGGUGCCAACCUCUGCAGUGGCCAAAGGAUGCAUUGGCAACACUGCUCUGGGGGCGCUGAACGCGGGCAUGUUCAAUUUGCCGAACCUGGCCAAGGGCAUCCAGAUGGACUGCCGCUUCACCCCACUCCUCUCCAAGGAGCUCCCCGUGGAAGUCACGACCAACCGCACUUUCAAGGGAGAGACCUCUGAGGACGCUUGGCCGAACUGGUGGGAAGACAUCGAAACUUGGGAGAUGGGCUGCGCGCCAGGCAAAGUGCUUCAAACCGUGGAUCUCCUGAAUGUUUCGAACAGGCUGCACGUGAAGUACACCUGUGCUACUUCCUCGGGUCUGGGCGCAUGCUAUCCGAGCUGGACACAGCAAGUGGAUGCCCACGAGUUUGAGGAUACGGCGAGGUCCAAGAGGACGCUCAGCCGCCUGAACAUCGCCUGUCCUGGCUUUGACCUCCUGACCUCCCUGCACUUCGAGUACUCCAAGGGAGGCCUUUGGGCCCGGUUCAAGUACACCUGCUGCCGGGAAGGAGGCGCUCCAGUAGUGACCUUGUCGAAUGGCCCGGACCAUUCGACCGUCAACAGUCUCGAGGGCACCUACUGCCCUGAGAAAGCAGGCCCCUCGGGGCGAAUGGACUACCUCCAGCAGGCAUGGGGUAGAUGGCACACCAAGACGCCUGCCAGGCUGGUCUUCAGCGAAGAUACGGGCAAGUGGUGCAUCGGAGGCGACUGCUCCGAGGAGGGUGAUAGCGUGGAGCCUGCUGGUAUGAAGCUAGGAGGUUUCGACAUCACGGCGGUCAGCGAUUUCGACGGCAAGUUCGAGGCAAAAGGCAUCGGAAGUCCGGGCUCACUCUUCGCUCCGGGGCCGGCUCCCGAGGUGAAGCCGCCGCCUCCACCAAAGCGCCCGCCGGCUCCGAAGAAGCCAGAAAUGGUAAAAUUCGAGCCAGAAAUGCCGAAAUACUCGGACAAGUGUGUCGGCUACGGGGACUUGUGGAAGAAGGUGCAGGAGACAACGGUCGACGAAGCGGGAAUCCCUCAGCCCAAUGCCAACGAGCUGGAGACCGAAGACGAGGCAGCAGCCGGGGCUCAGGACAUGCACCCGUGCGAUCUCGCGCAGUCCUACGGAGGCAUUCGCAGCACGGACAAAGAGAAACUGAAGUCACCGUUGCCCUAUGAUGAGUUGGCAGGCUGCAUCAGCCGGAAGUCGAAAGCUGAAUCCAGGUUGGCGAAGGCCGAAGCCUGGAUCAACACCUUCGUGAAGGGCAACGCCCUCAACGUCGCCGCUGCGGGCAUGCUGUGCACCAUGAAUCCGGAGCUCGUUCUGGCGCCCCCGACAGGGAUCGGCACAGGUGAUCCCAUCGAUGAGAAGUGCAAGGGCAUCGUGGCAAUGAAGUACGCGGCGCUCACGACCUACAAGGAUUUGAACUUCCUCCUUAUCAAGCAAACGGUCGCGAAGGCGCUGAAGAACGACUGCAAUCCACAGCAAGCCAACUUCGCCCGGAUGUUUUGCGAUCUCCAUUGCGUGCGGGAUGCCGUGAUUCGAGGAGACCGGUCCAUUCUGCUCAACCUGAAAAAGGCCACGGACAUCACGAAUGGGAACACGGAGAAACUUUCAGAGUGGAUCGUGAAGACCGCACAGCUGGAUGCCGGUUGGCUCGGUGAGAAGAUCGACCACCAGUCGCUGGUCCAGUCCAUCGAGAGCCAAAAGGAGAUGACGGCGAUCAAGGAAGAGUUCGAAGGGAUGAAGGAGUUAAUCGAAGGCGGCGACAAGAAGGAGCUGUUCUUGGCGAUCAAGCAGGAGACCCAGAAGAUCAAGUCUGAGCUAAAGGGCUAUGUCGACGGCGCCUCCUUCAGCCACGCUUCGGCCCUGGUCGCAAACGACGCCCUGGAGAAGUUCGCGGCCGAUGGCAAGUCAUCCCUCCAAGACGGCAACAGCACCCAGCACGUCUUCGGAGCCUUCGGCAGCUUGCUGUCUUUGAGGUCCAAGCUCAGGACUUCGUCAGACCAGCGUGGCAAGGUGGAGCACGUAGCCAAGUCCGUGAUCCAGGGUGCUCUCGAGAUGCAAGAGUCCCUGAAGCUGCAGCGGCAGAACUUGGGUAUCUAUCGGCAGAGGAGCAAUUCCACCAAGCAGGCGAUGCGUCAAAGGGCCGGGCUGGAGCUACGGGAGCGCCACGCCAUGCUCUUGGACCUGGACCGUAUCUGGUGGAAGCUGCGGGGAGCCUUCGACGAGUACCUGGCUCAGGCCGAGGAGGAAAUCACAAGCUUUGAAACGGGCGCGCAUGCCAUCGCGCAGUAUCAGCAGUGUGCCACGAGCUUCCAGAGCCUGCUGGCGGUGUACAAGCAGGCGAUGGCCACCACUGACCGCUCCCACAGGGCGCUGAAGACAGCGUGGCGUCACAGCUCGAACCUGGUGGGCGAGCUCGCAUCCCACAUCGUCGACGGCGAGGCAUUCUACACGUUCUUCACUCAAGAAGGUUGCGAGUCCUCCUUGGCACAGCAGACCCUGGAGCAGAUGCGUGACGCACUCCUGGGGAUGAGGAUGCUCUAUGACCGCUUCGAAGUUUCGGGACUUCCAGAGCCCGACAUCAAGGUGGUGGACAAUGCCGUUGAUCGAAUGAAGUCCAGCUUCAGCGCGGCUUCGAAGGCCGCAUGCAAGGUCGAAGGACAGAUUCCUGCCUGGUAUCUGCCCUACCUGGACCACGGCAGAACCAUGAAGGAGCUUGAAGCUUGA